AGCCCUGACGCCAUGGCCAGCUCUCCUGCCCAGCUCCUAGCCCCGGAUCUCCUGCUGCCCCCAGGCCAGGCCCUGCUGCAGGAGUGGGGCAGGGCCCAGCCCAGCAUGGAGGGGUACAGCAGCUGCUCCCCAACGCCCUCCACCGACUCCUGCGGCCUCUCGCCCCUCUACCCCCUCUGCCCAGCUCCCCAGGAGCCCUGCAGCAGCUGCUCUGCAGCCCCGAGCCUGGUGCUGACGCCAAGACGCAGGGCUGGCCUGUGCCCAGCCUACGGGAGCAGGAAGGGCAGCCGGGGAAGGGCAGGCGGCGAGCAGAGGCAGAGCGCCAGCGAGCGGGAGAAGCUGCGCAUGAGGAACCUGUCCAAGGCUCUCCACACCCUGCGACGCUACCUGCCCCCCUCGGUGGCACCGGCCGGCCAGAGCCUGACCAAGAUCGAGACCCUGCGCCUCGCCAUCCGCUACAUCUCCCACCUGUCGGAGCUGCUGGGGCUCAACGAGGAGACGCUGGCCCAGAGGAGAGGGGGCCCACGCCGGCACUGCCCCCUCUGCCCCGAGGGGCUGGGUUGCUGCCAGGCCAGGACCCCUGGCCUCCAGGCAGCAUCUCCAGCCCCGUGGGAGGGGUCCCCCCCGGCCGCAGAGUCCUGGGUGUCGUCCACCUGCUGCCCUGCCGCAGGGACACCCCCCGAGCCGCACAGGGCACUCAGCACAGACACAGCCUCUUGGCUUUCGCCCCCUUACUGCCCUGCCCCAGGGACACCCCCCGAGCCGCACAGGGCACGAAUCCUGGAUGUGGGGCCGAUGCUGCUGCCAGCUGAGUUUGCAGACAUGGGUCUGUCCUCCCAGGAUCUCUCCGGCGAGCUAUUCUCCCUCCUGGAGGCCCUGCUUCCCCAGGACUGAUGGGCCACUGCCCAGCCAGGGGACAAGCCUGAGAAGCAGCUGGUGGCAGAACGUGUCCUCAUGAGCCCAGGCAGCCCGGCUGGAGAGGGCCACGCACGAGAGGAAUGCGAGGAACGCUGUCGCUGUUGCUGGCUGACGACUCUGCCUUGGAUCACGUGCCGCCUUCUGGGGACAAUGCAGCUGUGCGUGGCCAUGCAGGCGUGGGGCACGCUGGGGACAUGCAGGCGUGGGGCACAUGCAUG